AGUAUUUAUUCUCGCCAGAGAAAGUGGUUUAACAGUUAGUUGAAUAUUGGUUUGUGUGUUAACUUGAAAAAAGUUAGAAAGUUAAGAAACAGUGAAGAAACUCUGUCAACUCUUUCCAAUCAACAAUCUUAAUUUAAACAAUUUAGUGCUUCUGUCUCUUAUCCUGUUUAAGCUUUACAAUUUUCUAACUGCUCUUUUAUGAGCUUCUUCUGAUUUUGUUUGCUAAAAUCAUAUUUUCUGUUCCUCUGUUUAAGACUCAACAAGUACUUAACGUAUUCUUGGUUGCCUUACAAUGCCGAAAGCAUUUUUAAUUAAAAAACAGAAUCUCAAAGAGUCUAAUCCCCAGUCACAGUGGCGUCCAGUUACUCCACCAACAAGUCCUGAGGACGAUGUGAAAGACGAUCAACGAAAGAGUUCAAGCUCAUCUAAGCAACCGGGUAAUCAAGCGACCUCAUCAUCUAAACCAUGUUCAACGGCAUCUUCAUCAACUUCGUUAAGUUCAUCAUCUCAACCAUUAGAUUUAUCUGAGGCUUCCUCAUCAAGAGCAGAGUCAACCUCAUCCAAUUUACCAUCGGUUCCAUCUUCAUGUUACACAGCAGAGUCAAACAAUUUUAAAGAGCAAUCAUUCCCAAGUUGGAGCUCAUCAGUAGCACCAUCACCAUUUAAUCGAGUUUCUUCAUCUUCACCAUCAAAUUCACCUUAUCCUUCGUCUUCAUCCACAUCGUCAGUAUCUUCAACUACGGCCUCAAUUUGUCAAAGAGUAUCUGUAAUAAAAAACUUAAAUCAAAGCGAUGGCCCUCUUAACUUGAAAGUAUCACCUCAACCAAGAAUUACCGUAACUGACAAGAUGUAUAAAGAGUCAAUUGAAAGAUCUCGUAUUGAAUCUAAUGGUGAGAUUGAACCAUCUCUUCCACCAACAGUUCAACUUCUUGCUCAAAGACUAGGAAUUCCUCUUCACAUGUUUAAUUUUAUUGAUUUCGUCAAUGGAGGACAUGGAAUCAAGAAUCCUUUACUUUCUGAUGGCAAUGCUGCUAAAGUUCAGCCAGUUAUUCAACCAAGUUUAGAUGAUCCAAUGAAGUGUCCAAUAUGUGAAAAACGCUUCCCUUUAACUCGUUUACUCAAUCGCCACCUCAAAUGUCAUUCAGACAUAAAACGCUAUUUAUGCACAUUUUGUGGCAGAGGCUUUAAUGACACCUUUGAUCUUAAAAGGCACACCAGAAUUCAUACAGGUGUUCGUCCAUACAAAUGUAAUCAUUGUAAUAAAUCAUUUACUCAAAGAUGUUCCCUUGAAUCUCAUACUCGCAAAGUCCAUGGUAUUUCGCACCAAUAUGCAUACAGAGAAAGGAGGACUAAAUUGUACGUUUGCGAGGCGUGUGGAAACACUGCCAAUAAAGCGGAAUCACAUUAUCUCCAUCUUAAACAGAAUCAUCCUGAUUCUCCUGCUUUGGCAAAAUUUUACGACAAAAGAUUUUUCAAGUUUAAUGAUACCAACUUUCCCUUUGCUGAAUGAAAAUAUCAAUUACUCGAUCAAUUCCAUUGUUAUCAGUCUCAUCAUUUGCAUCAACCACAAUUUUUUUAAUUUAUUGACAUUUUUUGGAUGCUAUCACCAUUUUUGCUGCAUUUUUUUACAACCUCCUUGCAUCUCAAUUUUUUAAACAAGAAAAAAUUCACCGCUGAUGACUACGAUUCUGAGCAAUCUGUUCAUUAAUUUUAAGCAAUCUAUUGAUUUUGGCUUAAAAACUUGUAACUCUAUGUAAAGCACAUUUCAGACAUUUCAAAUUUAAUUAUACUGAUUUUCCUUUUGCUGAAUGAAAAUAUCGAUUCCUCGACCAUAAUUUAUCAUUAAUCUUUUGCAUUAUUAUUAAACUC